AUGGAUGAAAAUUUUCAUCGAUUACAAAGUAAUGAAAAGCAUCAAAGCAACAAUAUGGAACAACCUCUCGAUUUAACUAAAACAAAUACAAAAAUUCCAUUUACAAUUGAAUAUUUAACAUCAAAUAUUCCGUAUCAAAAACCUAAAUCAGUAUUUUCUAAUCAACAAUUACCAUUAAUUCCAUUAGAAAAUAAACCAUCGUAUUUUAAUUCAAAAUUAAAUGAACAUGUUGUACCUAAUGUUUGUAGUCCAUCAAUAAAUACUGGUAAUUCAUUAGAAAUAGUCAAUGGUGGACAUGGGAUUAAAAAUCCAUUAUUUGAUUGUGCAACAGAAGCACUACAAAUUAAAUACGCUAAUGCAAUAAAUCAUGGUGCUGAAUUUAUAUGUGGUUUAUGUCUAAAAGGUUUUAAACUUCAACGUCUUCUUAACCGACAUUUAAAGAAUCAUAGUCAAUUAAAACGAUAUUUAUGUACAUUUUGUGGUAAAGGUUUUAAUGAUACAUUUGAUCUUAAACGACAUACACGAACACAUACAGGUGUUCGUCCAUUCAAAUGUGACCAGUGUGACAAAGCUUUUACACAACGUUGUAGUCUUGAAUCUCAUCAACGAAAAGUUCAUGAAUUAAACCAUGCAUUUGGUUAUAAAAUUCGUCGAAAUAAAUUAUAUGUAUGUGAAGAUUGUGGACAUACAUCAACUGAUCCAACAAGCCAUUAUGAACAUAUUAAAAAAUUUCAUCCAUAUUCACCACUUGUUCAUCGAUAUUAUGAUAAAAGACAAUUUAAAUUUAAUUCAAAUUCAUCUUUAUCUGUUAAAAGUUCAUCAGAUAGAUCGUUUCUAUCAGAUGAUGAUCAUCAUAUUCAAUAA